AUGAUUAAUCCUCAUCGUGUUGCGGAACUUUUAAGUAAUUUAGUUUCUGAGCGAUUAUCGAUAAACCAUCACUGUGCUGUCAACAGUGCGCGUGAUGAAGAAAUUGCUAAACGUUUAUAUGAUCAUGUCGAAUCAAUCAUUGACAGCACACAUUACUCUUUCGAAACUGAAGAUACGAUUGAUUUCAACGACAAUUCUAGUGGCGAACAAUAUGGAAAAUAUGAUGAAGAAGAAGAUGGUGAAGAAGAAGAAGAAGAUGGUGAAGAAGAAGAAGAUGGUGAAGAUGACGAUGGUGAAGAUAAAGAGGACGAAUACGAACAACAGCAACAACAAACCAAUAAUGAUGAUGAACAAUUUGACGAAAUCUUCAUGGAUGUAGACGAAGAUCAACAGCAAAAUU